AAAACAGCACGAAACCCCAUAUAACUAGGUAGCAAAGCCAGAAAUACAGAAAAGAGCUUAAAUAGUUUUAUUCUUGCAAAAAUUAUUUGCUCCCAACGGACCCUUCUUUCUCUCUUUUCCUUUCCUGAAUUUGAGCAUUGCAUUUUCUUGUUCCCUGCGAAGUUUCCCCAAGAGUGGUUCAUCGCAUUUAGCUUCUUUUGUCCAAAAGGACUUGUUUUCUGGUUGGAAGUUCUCAUUUUCGUGUCAGCAAUUAGUCUAUAUUUAAGGGCUCCUUGCAUCUCGUUCUGUAACAAAAUAGCAGAAUGAGUAAACAGGACUUCUUGAGGACUCAGAGUUGUGUUCUCAGAGUGAACAUCGAUUGUGAUGGUUGCAAGGACAAGGUCAAAAGGAAAUUGCUGAAAAUUGAUGGAGUUUAUACUGUUAAAAUAGAUGUAGACCAACAAAAAGUUACUGUGACGGGAAAUGUUGAUCCAGCUACACUGAUAAAGAAGCUUGACAAGGCUGGAAAGCACGCAGAAUUGUGGGGAGCACAGAAAGGCGGGGGUGGUGCAUUCAACUUGAUCAACCAGUUCAAGAAUAUGCAAAUUGAUAACUUUAAAGGUGGGAAAGAUAACAAAUCUCAAAAGGGUGGAAAGGAUCAGCAGAAGGGUGGCCAACAAGCUCAUCAGCUGCAGAAUCUUAAAGGGCCAAAGGAUCAUCUGAAAUUUCCUCCCAAGGAUCAGAAAUCUGUCAAGUUUAGAUUGCCUGAUGAAGAUGAUGAAUUCGACGAUGAUGAUUUUGACGAGUUUGAUGAUGAUUAUGAUGAUGAGUUAGAUGAUGAAUUUGAUGAUGGUUUUGAUGGUGCUCAUCAUAAGCAUCCAUCUGCAAAAACUAUACCUAUUAUGGGUGGCGGUGGCGGUGGUGGACCUGGUGGAGGCGGUGGUCAUGGACCUAACAAGGGGUCUAAUGGUAUAAUGAAUGGUUUUUUGAAAGGUGUUUUCAAUGGUGGGAACGCCAAGAAAGGUGGUGGGGCUGAUAUAUCUAUGCAAAUUAAAGGUAUGGGAGGUAAUAAUGACGGUAAGAAUGGCAAUGGAGGUAAGAAUGGUAAGGGAGGCAAUCAAAAUCAGGGCGGUCAAGGUGGUAAAAAUGGCGGUAAAAAUGGUGGAGGCAUGCCAGGGGAGGGUAAGAACGGUGCGGUAAAUGGUAAAGGUCAGAAUAAUAGCAAUGGUGGAGGAAAGAUUAAUGAGAGCUGGGGUAAGAAUGGGGUAGGGAAGAUGAGUGGGGGCAUGAUGAUGAACAAUUUACCCCAGGGAUUUCAUGACAUGGAUAUGAACCACAGAGGACCAGUUCCCAGGACUAUGGGUCAAAUGCCCCAAAUGGGCGGCUAUCCAAUGGGUCCUGCCGGAAAUAUGCCGGCGGUGCAGGGACUACCGGCCGGUGCAGGGAUGAACGGUGGGUAUUAUCAAGGUAUGGGACAGGGGAACCCUUAUAUGAACCAGCAAUACAUGGCUCAAAUGAUGAUGAAUCAACAGCAAGCUAAUGGUGGUCAUGGCAUGUACCACCCUAUGAUGUAUGCCCGCCCCCCGGCCCCCAUGCACUAUGGACCGCCGAUGAUGGCGCCUCAGGCCACAGAUCAUUAUACUCACAUCUUCAGUGAUGAAAAUACUGACAGUUGUAGUAUCAUGUAAAUUGGAAUUGCUUCUGUUUUGUUCUGGUUUACUACUUAGCAUAGGAUAUGAGUUUGUGCUAUGUUUUGGUUUGUAAGUUGAGAGUCGCAAGUUGCAACAAUCCAAUGCUACUCAGAAGUGGUUAGUUUAUCAUUUCUUUCUUCUC